UUAGCCGUCUAUCGUAUGUGAGGAAAAAAUUAAAAUUAUCACAAUUUGGUUAAGCCUAUGGAUUCUCGCAUCAGCAAACGAGCUUCGCGCAGAGGAGAUACGUGACAAUAUGGACUUCUAAAGCCAAUAUCGUUUAGAUACGCAAAAGGCCAUCAGCUUACACUUAACAUUUAUUUAAUCCACUAAACUAAUCUAUUCACCCAAGGCUUAUACUAAUGGUCAUCAUGCAGGACAGAAAAAUGAUAUCUCAGGAUUCCAGCAGGGAAAGUCUGGAAGGUUUGGAGAAAAUGUAUGAAGAAGAUUCAGCGAUAGACCUUUCCCAAGAGCUAGAUGAUAAUAUCAAAGAUUUGUGCAAGCUACGAAAAUCAAUCCCAUCAAAGUGCUGUGAAGUACUUGACCAAAUUAUGGAGAUAAAAACUCCUAAAAUGGAAAAUUUGAGCAGUAUAUCAUCAUAUGAAGCCAUCCAGCCUUCAGUUGAAAAUGAAUGGAAACAAUUUCAAAGUGAUUUUGAUAAGAUGAUGCAAAAAUGCAAAGGGUCAUAUGAGAAAAAUUCAUUACCCGAGGACUUUAAACUUCUUGUUAAACAUUGUGAAACUUUGAUGAUGCUUGAAGACGUGCAGAGAGGUAUGGGCCUAGAUGACACUCAAGAACUGCUGUUUAGUGGAAAGAAAAAACAAAAUGACUGCGAGACACCAUUGGAAAAGAAAAGAAGCCUUAGAAGAUCUGGCCUCAAAGAUUUACCAUCAUUGGCUUCAUCAGCUGGCAAAAGGACAUCAGAAAGGAAGGCUGGCAGUCUGUCAAAAAUUCCAAAACUUAAACAAGGGACCUCAACCCCUAGAACUCCAGUAUCAGCAUCUACAUCAUUACGAAAAAAGUUGUUCAGAAAAGCUGCAAAAAGACCUUGAAUCAUAAAGCACUUAAUAUAAAACACUCCAUUGUGUUAAUUAUGAUUUUUUGGAUCAUCACUGAUACUCUCAUGUUACAAUAUUGUAUCACUCCAGUAUCUGUCAUUGUAAAUAAACUUUUGCUUAUUGUUGCUGUAAAGUUUAAAAUAUGGACAACAAAUAUAGCACUGCAUUUUAUUUAAGUGCUGAUUUUGUGAAGUGCUUUACUGCUCUACUGUUGAUAUUUUCUAAUCUAUAAAUUAAAAAACCAUCAUGAAAAUCCUAGUCAGUAAAACAUUUUGUGAACAUGUAGACCUUUGCCAGCACCAUUGAUUUAACAAAAAUUUUAUUUUAUCCCUUUUAAUGUGUACAUAAUUUCCUUAAUCUUUAUAAGUUGCUUUUUGAAUUACAGUUUGAAAUCUCAUAUGAUUUGUAGUGAGUCUCCACCAUAUUUUAGCAAUGAACAUUAGAUAAAGAAAGUUUCAAUUACAUGUAAACACAGUCACAUUUUGAUAAUUAUAAUUAUAUUGGUUGUAGAUUCUAUGUGAAAACAAAAUUCCUUUAUAUCCAUGCAGCAAUGCUGCAGUUGUUUAAUUUGAUGUUAUAUUUCCCAUCAAAUCAAUGUUGAGGGAAAUCACCCAUUCAUUUUGCAGCCUCAUUUUAGAAAUUACUCCAAACUUCAUCCUACAACUUUUUGAAAUUAGAUAAGGACUCUCACCAUAGUUAAGUUUUUCUUACUGUUUGUUUGUGUAUAUUAGAUUUGUUGGUGAUUCAAAAUUUGUAAACUUGUAUGGGAUUUGAACACAUAAAUAGUUCCAGGCAUACUUUUCACAGUUGUAAAUUCAAAUGUAUUGAAGUAUUUUUAACUUUUGAUGAUUUUUUUCUUCAAGAUUGAUCUUUUACCACAUUUAUAAAUUUUGUUUAUUUGCAU